CGGAGUUUUCGUAUCGCAUCAUGAUGAUGACGGGAGACAAGACCGACAUAUCAAAGAAGCUUUGGGGAUUUGGCUCUCUUGUCUUUCUUUUACUUCAAUGCUCUUCUUCGACUCCCUCCUGUCCUGCUGGCUGGCAGUCGUACGCGAGCUAUUGUUACCAGUUGCAAGGUCGUACCAGUUACACUGCCGCGACGUGGUUGUCAGCUUACCUUAGCUGUGACUAUGGAAGUGCUAGUCCACGACGUGCCUCGUUAGUGUCCAUUCACUCCAGUAAAGAACAAGACUUUGUCGUAAGAUUCUUAGCUCAAACAGCCAACAUCUCCAGUUUGCAGUCUGUCUACAUUGGCUUGUCAUCACGUACAUCUGGAGGUGGAUAUGCGUGGAUUGAUGACACGCCUGUGUCCUAUACACACUGGAGACCAGGUUUUGUAACUGAGCAUGGCAAGCAGUGUAUAUCAAUCGGAACAGGGGAUGGCUACUGGUAUGACCAGAAUUGCGAUGAAACAUUGGCGUAUAUUUGUAAAAUGAGAAAGGCAACAACAGCUUUGCCCACACAAGCUCCUCCCAGCACAGUGAAUGUUUACUGCCAGAAUGACUGGGAUCAGUAUGGUGACCGCUGCUAUUGGUACAGCAGUUAUAACCAAGCAACAUAUGCAACAGCAGAAACCAAUUGUAAAGCUCGAGGUGCACAUCUAGUUAGCAUUAACAGCGUCUAUGAACAAGCCUACGUGUUGGCUAAACUGCAUGGAGGGAGUAACAUGUGGCUUGGCCUUAACGACAAACAAACAGAGGGUGAAUAUGUGUGGACGGACGACAGCAAUGUUACAUUUACUGAGUGGGCAUAUGGUCAGCCAGACAGUCGUGUAGAUCAUGAAGACUGUGUAGAAUUGGUAGUACAUACAGGCCUUUGGAAUGAUCGUACAUGUUCAGGAACACUCAGCUACAUGUGUGAAAUGGCAGCCACUCAAACUACAGCUCCCACACCUUCAUCUGCUACAAAUUGUUCGAGUGGUUGGCUCUCGUAUAAUGGUCAUUGCUAUUGGUUUGAUGCAAAUGCCAAUCGUAACUACACGUCUGCUAAGUCGUUUUGUGAAUCUCGUCAUUCUCAUCUUGUUCAUAUUAAUGACAUGUACGAGAAUGCAUACAUUGUCAGUCAGUAUCCACUAGUGGGAGGCAAAGCCACUGUUAGUAAUCGUUCUACUCAUUUGUGGAUUGGAAUAAAUGACAUGAAAAGUGAAGGCCUGUACACGUGGACAGAUGGUUAUCCUGUUGAAUUCACAUCAUGGGCACGAAGAGAACCAAACAAUUUUAACUAUAAAGAAGACUGUGUUGAGUUGUAUGUACUUCCAUCAAGUCAUUUGACUCAUGGUGUGUGGAAUGAUUACCUUUGCAUCUCAAAGUUGGGACUGGUGUGUGAACGACAAUCAACAAAUGCUCCUGCAACUGUAGCACCUCAGACACCAACUCCAGCAACAGGUAAAUGUCCAAAGGGAUACACUCAUUUUAAGAACUAUUGCUACAACUUUGGCUACAAUCUCCGCUUGAAUUGGAUUCAGGCCUUGCAUCGGUGCCUACAGUAUGGGACAGACUUAGUAAGCAUACACGAUACGGAUGAGCAGAAGUUUGUUGUAGAUCAGGCAAAGAAAGCAGGAUUUCAUAAUGGCAUGUGGAUUGGAUUAUUUGAUCGUAAUGUGGAGGGUGGUUUUGUUUGGUCUGAUGGCAGUCCAGUGCAAUAUGUCAACUGGAGCCGCAAUGAACCGAAUGACUAUAGAGAACAAGAAGACUGCGUGGAAAUGUAUCUACAUGAAAACAGUUAUAGGUGGAAUGACAACAAUUGUGGACGUUUGAACUACUGGGCUUGUAAGAUCAGAGUUGGGAAAUCAUUAUCAGUGCCGGCAGCUACGAUAGCUACGUACAAUGGUCAACCAUGUCCGAAUGAUGAUGAUAAUACAUUUUCUCACGGUCCCUAUUGCUACACUUUUGUGGAAAAUAAGACGACUUGGUCGGAUUCGUCAAACAACUGUCAGCAUAUGUAUACCAAGGGUAAUUUGGUCAGCAUCACUAGUUUGGAUGAACAGGAAUUUCUUACUAAUAGCUUGAAGACGAUUAACGAUUCGAGCCUCAAAGCACGAGCUUGGAUUGGGCUACACGAUCAAGAGGCGGAGGGUGCAUUCCAUUGGACAGAUCACUCUCCAGUCAAUUUUAUCUACUGGCAUAAGGACGAACCUAACAACUAUCGAGCAGCUGAAGAUUGUGUUGAGUUGAGGGGUACUACCGGAUGGAAUGACUUGACUUGUUCUCAAAACCUACCAUACAUUUGCAAAUAUCCUAGACCUGGUGUGACAAUUCCGACUCCUCCAUAUAAUAUCAAUAAUGCUGGAGGUUGUUGUCCUCAAGGUUGGAAAUCGAAGGGACCGUUUUGUUAUAAGAUGUAUAGUCAGUGGAAGACGUGGCUUGACGCUGAAAAGACAUGCAUUAAUUUGGGUGGUCACCUAACCAGCAUUGUAACUGCAGCUGAAAGCACAUUUCUUACUAAACUACUAUCGAGUGGCAUUGGUACCAUUUGGAUCGGUCUCAAUGAUCGUGAAAACGAGCACACGUUUAUGUGGACAGAUGGCUCGCCAGUUUUGAUGAGUUCGUGGGCAAAGAAUGAACCCAGCGACUAUGAUGGGCAACAGAAUUGUGUUUACAUGAGCAAAUGGCAAAACAGUCUUUGGACAGACACUUCAUGUGGGUACAAACAUCCGUUUGUUUGCAAAAUGCCAAAAAGUCCAUGUCCCAGCAUAACGUCACCAUUUUUACCUCCAGCACAUGCAAUUAGUUGUGAUACAACAUACAAUCAGUGUCUUAGUAAAACUAAAGGAUGUCAACGUGUGACUUGUCCAAGAAACUGCCAACAAUCAUCUAGCAAGGUGUAUGGAUGGCAGAUCUAUUCUGGUGAUUCCAGUAUUUGCCUAGCUGCAAUUCAGCUGGCAUUGAUUACAAGAAAUGAUAAUGCAUCUGUGCUUACCGUGAAGAAAAUGGAGAGACAUAUUGUGUACAGUUCAGCCAGUGACAAUGGAGUCGUUUCUCUGUCUCACAGUCCCACGGACAUUUCAUUUUCUUUUUCGUUGCCAUCAAACCGUGUUUGUGAUCUUGGAUGGGUCUUUCAUAAUCAUGCAUGUUACCAUUUCAUCUUCGGCUCACCCACUUCAUCCAAGUCUUGGGCUAAUGCUCAUCAAAAAUGCAGGUCUAAUGGUGCUUAUCUAACUGCCAUCCAGAGUGCACAAGAGCAAGCGUUCCUCCAAUCACAACUACCAUCAGCAGCUGGUCAAGUGUGGAUUGGGCUCAAUGACUUGCACCAGCAUGGCAGCUUUGUGUGGACAGAUGGUACGCCUGUACAGUUUAAUGUAUGGGGAACUGGUCAACCCAGUGAUGUUAAUCACAACGAGAGCUGUGUCUUAAUGAAUCUUGACAGUGGGCACCAAUCAGGAACGUGGAGCACUGCAAACUGUGAAAUAAUAAAAGCCGGAUAUAUUUGUGAGAAAUUUGUUGAAGCCAGUCCUACAUCGUUUAUACUCAUCCAAGGAGACUGCCCAGACGGUUGGAUUAUGCUGAAUGCUAAAUGUUACUGGGCCACUCCUCCUGAUUGUAUUAGUAGUGAUUGCCAGUUGAGCUGGGAUGGUGCUCGUGCUGCAUGUGAGGCAAAAGCUUCUGGUGCUGACCUAAUAAGUGUCAACACAUUCAGCGAACUACGACAGGCACAAUACGUCCUGCCAAUUCUUGGUUGGGGGCAUGUAUGGAUUGGAUUGAAUGAUAAAGCAACUGAAGGCAUUUAUGUGUGGUCGGAUGGCACUCCUGUAGGAGAGCGAGGUCUGGAUUGGGCAGCAGGAGAACCUGACGACAAGGAUGGUACAGAAGACUGUGUUGCUAUGCUUCAGAAUGGCAAAAUCACUGACAAGGAUUGCGUUUCCCUGUACUCUUAUGCCUGUGAAAUGCCACUUUCUGCUAAAAGCAGACUGUCAAAAGGUGCGGUUGCUGGAAUUGUUGUGGGAACGCUACUGCUAGUAGCAAUCAUUGCUGUGGUUUUGGUUGUAAUCAUAUGUAUAUGCAGAAGAAGAGAUUCAAGCGCCCGCUACAAUAUUAUGAACAAAGCUGUUGAUGAGGAUGAUGGAGGCCUACUGGGUGGCAUUAGUGAUGAGACAGGUGACGAUGAUGAGCCAGUGGACCUAUACUGUUUUACGCCUCACACGCACACAAUGACAAAAUUAGUUGUGCUACAGAAUGUAGGGUGUGGCUUAGCAAAAGAGCAUUCGAUUGAUACCAAUAUCGGCUGGUAUGGAGGGCAUAGCCUCGGAGCCAGACCGCUUUUGCACUCGAUGUGGUGGUGUAGAUUACCUGCGUCGUGUUGUGGUGUCGUGAGCUGUGUGCGUUACAACGAGAUGUCUAGGUUGAAAAUGAGCUGGGAAAUCUCUAGACAAGGGUUCAUACUGUUACUGUGGUUGAUGUCACUGCAGGGACAAGUCAUGUCAUCAGGUUGUCCAUCUAAAUGGUUUGAAUACAAUGACUAUUGCUAUCAAAUCAGAGGCGUUAAUGUUGCUCGAUCUAAGAGUUGGACAACAGCUCGACACGAUUGCCGAUCUGGAAUUCCAACUUCGUAUCUUGCAAGCAUCCAUCGACAGACAGAGCAGUUCUUUGUCUCAAGUUUUCUCAAAGGCAAUGCCUCUAACGUUGCUUCGUUGUACAUUGGUUUGAAUUCUCGGCAAACGGAAGGCGGUUAUCAAUGGAGUGACAAUAGUGCUGUCUCGUACACUCACUGGAAGCCUGGAUUUGUGACUGAUCAAGGAAAAGACUGCAUAGCAAUUGAAACAGCUACAGGCUAUUGGGUGGACCGUGCGUGUGAUGAUUCUACUGGUUACAUCUGUAAAAUGAGAAAUCCAACUCGAGGUAAAAUUCCUUCGCAACAACCUCCAACACUCUCAUUUGUCUUUUUUUGUGAGCCUGGCUGGCAUCAGUAUGGUUUUAAUUGCUAUCAAUACAAAACAGGGUUGUCAACAUAUCACAUUGCCGAGCAGGACUGUGUCAACAGUCAGGGUAGUCUUGCUGUUGUUCACAGCGUCUACGAGCAAGCUUUUCUGUUUACGUUAGUGCCAAGAGGAGUUCACAUUUGGAUUGGUUUAAAUGAUGAGAGCAACGAGGGAGAGUAUGUGUGGUCGGAUACAAGUGACGUCGAAUAUACAAAUUGGGGGUAUGGCGAGCCAAACAGUAAAUCAGAUCAUGAAGACUGUAUAGUGAUGAACACAACAACUAGUCAUUGGAGUGAUGUUGCAUGUGACGAAAAGAACUCAUAUUUGUGCCAGAAAGUUGCAGGUUCCACGUCUCGCCCUGGAAUCGACUCCACGUGCAUGCCUGGCUGGGUCUCGUUUAAUGGUCACUGCUAUCUAUUGGAUAAUGCCACAUACAGUAACUACACCGAAGCCGAAUUGUACUGUCAGAAACAUCAUGCUCAUCUGGCUCAUGUCAACAAUAUGCUUGAAAAUGCAUUUCUUGUGGCUCAGUUUCCUCUUGCUGGUGGAAGCAAGCAACAUCGGAUGUGGAUUGGGCUAAAUGAUAUGCAGAGCGAAGGUCUUUAUGAAUGGACAGACAUGUGGCCAGUCACAUUUACAUCAUGGCGGCUUAACCAGCCAGACGAUGCUCGUCAUUCUGAAGAUUGUGUUGAAUUGUAUGUCCAGCCUUCUGAUCGAUUGUCAAGUGGUGUUUGGAAUGAUCGUUUAUGUGGAUCUAAGCAGGGAUUUAUUUGUGAGACACGGCCAGAUACAGCAACACCAACAAAGUCACCAAUCUCUACAGCUGCUACUUCUUUGCAAUGCUCUAGUGGAUGGAUAAAAUGGAACAAUUACUGCUAUAAGUUUGACAAUCCAAUUCGUCUCACGUGGACGGAUGCUCGUGAACGCUGUUUGCAAUCUGGUGCCGAUUUGGUAAGUUUACACGGUCUGGAUGAAGUGUCAUUUGUUGUACAGCAAGCUCAGGCGGUAAAGUGGACUCAUUCUGUCUGGACUGGACUGAACGAUCGUAAUGUCAACGGAGGUUAUGUUUGGUCUGAUGGCUCACCGGUGUCUUUUACACACUGGAGCCGAGGACAACCAAACGAUUGGUUUGGCCAACAGGAUUGCAUCGAGAUGCUGACGAAUCGUGCUACUGCCAACUGGAAUGACUUGGCUUGCAGUCGAGUGCGCAACUUUGUAUGCAAGAUAAGUGUUUUCUUGAGUCCAAUUGCAAGCAACCCCACACUGCCAUCAUACUAUAAUUUCAGUUGUCCUACUGGUUGGACUGGGUAUGGUCUUUACUGUUAUGCAUUUUAUGGUAAAGACAGUGGAGACAGGAAAACAUGGCUUGAGGCUUUACAAUUUUGUCAAAAGCAAGAGAACACGGAUCUGACAAGCAUUACAUCUCUAGAAGAGCAGGAAUAUAUUGGAAAUUACUUACUGAGUCUUAAUGACUCGGACUUUACAUCUGAAAUGUGGAUUGGAUUGUCGGAUGUUUUCAAGGAGGGAACGUUUCAGUGGGUUGAUGAUACGGCAACCAUGUCAUUUACUAAUUGGGGUCCUGGCCAACCUAACAACAGAGGAAGUCAGGAUUGUGCGCUGUUGGUAAAUGGUCAGUUUUGGGAUGAUGCUCAAUGCAGUGAGCUGCAUUCCUUUAUUUGUAGACGACUUAGACCUGGUGCUACAGCUCCAUCCUUUUCACUUCCCAAGCCCAUUACACAUGGCUACUGUCCUAGCUCUGGGAACUGGGUGGGCAUAGGAGGAUACUGCUACCUUGCUCAUGUUACAAGUCUUAAUUGGAUAGAAGCAGAGAAAUAUUGCGUUAGUCAAGGAGCUCAUCUUCUUAGUAUUAUGAGUAGUGGUGAAGCUACCAGUGUUGUAAACGGUGUCAUCAAUCUAAUCAAAGGGAUGGAACAUAAUGUGUGGAUUGGAUUGAAUGAUCGUCAGAACGAGCACUCGUUUGUGUGGACCGAUGGCUUGCCAGUGUUGAUCACAUCAUGGCAGCAAUACCAGCCAAAUGAUUAUGGUGGAGAACAGAACUGUGUUUAUCUCAAUACAAACGGUAACAGAUGGAAUGACCAACACUGCACUGCCAAGUACCCAUCAGUUUGCAAGAGAAGCAAGAUUCCAUAUCCAACGUCUUCUCUUCCCACUAGUGUUUCUCCAAAAGUGAAUUAUGUUGUGUGUGAUACGACUUACAAUCAGUGUGAUCGCUGUAAACUCGUUUUGUGCCCUCAUGACUGUAGUUACGAUGCAAACUAUUUGGUAUGGGGUUGGCAAGUUUACACAGAUGACUCCAGCAUUUGUCGAGCUGCCAUUCAAUCAGGAUUGCUGGAUAAUGAUGGUGGUCUAGUAAAUGUCUUCAGUGUCGGUUCUCGUGACGUUUUUGUUGGCUACACUAAUAACGGUGUUAUGUCGAGUCCACAUGGAACAUCUGAUGGAUUUACAUUUAAGUUUAAUUCACUACCUCCUUGUGGUUUGAGUUGGAUCCAACAUAAUCAUUUUUGUUAUCAGAUUGUGCCGAGUGUGGACAAUGGUGCGACUGCUGUGUCAUGGCAAGAGGCAGAACAGAGAUGUCAGAACGUAGACGCUCAUUUGGUUGUCAUCGAUUCAGAGAGAGAACGUUCAUUUCUGCAGUCACAACUACCGAAUGGUGUCGAUCAGUUGUGGAUUGGACUGAAUGAUAUCAACGAGGAAGGCAAUUAUGUUUGGGUUGAUGGAUUACCAUUGAAUUAUCAUUUCUGGGCUCAAGGGCAACCACGAGACGUUAGUAAUUCUCAGAACUGUGCAGAAAUGAAUGGGAACAGUGGUGAUGAGCCUGCAGCAUGGCAUGUUACCUAUUGUAAUUCACGACGAGGAUAUAUUUGUCAAAAGUUGCUCGUUGAUACGCCUGUGUCACACACUGGACCCGGUUCUAUGACUACACUUGCUCCUUGCCCCAAUGGCACGAUGACGUUUGGAUCCUCUUGUUACGUCAUCACACCAAGUUGCAGAGACUUAAAUUGUACGUUGGACUGGAAUUCAGCUCGGGCUGCUUGCAGAGCAGCGUAUAAUGUUUCUGAUCUUUUAAGUAUUCAUUCAUUGGCUGAGCUACAAUUUGUGCGCCGCUGGGCGCAUCAUUCAACGUACAAGCAGAUGUGGAUAGGGCUCAACGAUGCAGAAGUUGAAGGACGUUACGUGUGGUCUGACAACUCAACGACGAACAACACAGAAUUGUAUUGGCAAAGUAACGAACCCGACGACAAGCACCAUUCGCUCAAUUGUGUAGCAUUGAAUACCGCAGACGGAAUGUUUUCGGAUGAGAACUGUCACAGUCCGCUUCCAUAUGCUUGCAAAUUUGCACGACAUGCAGUGUCAGCAGCCCACAAGGGGACGACUGUGAGUGAAAGUGUUGGUCUCUCUGCUGGUGUCAUUGCAGCUAUUGCCAUCGCUGUUGUUUUUCUGGUUGCAGUCGUCUGUGUUGCUAGCAUUUGCUUUGUAUACCGACGUCGUCGAAAAUCGCUUUCAUCCUACACUCAACUGAGAGAUGAAUCUUCCACGUGUAACGCCAGCACGGACGAUGAAGACGAUUCCCCCAUUCGAUUGGAUUGCGUGUGUGAUAUGAUAGUGUUGGUUCACGUGAGCUCUCUUCCAAACACGACUGGAGGAAUAUUUGCUUGUGUCAAGUUUGUCAUGUUCCUGUUCUGUGUGAGUGCGAUUGUACACGCAGCAGCUUCAGAUUGUUCUGGCGGAUGGAUGAAAUUUGGUAAUUAUUGUUACCAACUGCGGGGUGUUAGCACUAGUGAUGCAAAGUCAUGGGUUGCCAGUUUGGUUUCUUGUCAAAAAGAUCAAGCAAAUCUUGUUAGCAUCCACUCUACUAGCGAACAAAACUUUUUGUUGUCCAUGCUACGCAAGAAUGCAUCCAACGUGGCGUCCGUUUUUAUUGGAAUGAACUCGAGAGCUACAGCACACGGAUAUCACUGGACGGACGACAGUCCUGUGUCGUACACUUACUGGAAGAAGGGAUUUACAACUGAAGUGGGGAUGGAUUGUAUCGCUAUGGAUACAUUCUCUGGAUACUGGACGGACAGAUUCUGUGAUGAUGUGACAGCGUAUGUUUGCAAGAAGAUAAAAACAGGUGGUAAAAUAGCAUCUACACCAGGGCCACCAUUAAAGGUUUCUCAAUAUUGCAAGUCUGGAUGGGAACAAUAUGGUUCGUACUGUUAUUGGUUGAGUUCUGGCACGGCAGUAUAUUCUCAAGCUCAACGAGAUUGUCAGCAGAAAGGUGGAGAACUAGCGAGUAUUGGUAGCUUGUUUGAGCAUGCAUUUGUAGUGGCCAAAGUUGGAGGGAGUGCAGAUGUGUGGAUUGGGUUGAAUGAUCAGACAUCAGAGGGUUCCUAUUUAUGGACUGACAACCAACCAGUCAUUUAUAGCACGUGGGCAGCAGGUCAACCCAACAGUCAUUCUAAUGAAGACGACUGUGUAAUACUUUUGUUUGAUUCUGGACUGUGGGACGACAUGCCUUGCACUCAUACUCAUCGAUAUAUGUGCAAGACAACUGCAAAUCAACCACAUCAACCACUGACAACAGGAUCUUGUCCAUCUCAUUGGCUGUCAUACAAUCAGCAUUGCUAUUUGUUCACGAAUGGUAAUACGACGACUGGAAAGUCAUUCUCGGAUGCCGAAAGUGAUUGUGUGUCGAAGAAUAGUCAUUUAGUUCGAAUCGACGAUUUGUAUGAGAAUGCUUUCAUUGUCAAGAGUCUUCCUCUUUAUGCUGAUUCUGAUUCAAGAAUGAACUAUAUGUGGAUUGGAUUAAAUGAUGUGCAAACGGAGGGAUUGUAUGAAUACACUGAUCAUGGACCAGUCAUGUUCACCUCGUGGAGACGAAACCAGCCAGAUGAUUAUCAACACCAAGAAGACUGUGGACAUAUUUACGCGUAUGCGGCAGAACAUUUGUAUAAUGGAAUGUGGAAUGACUUGACAUGCACUGGAAAACAAGGAUGGAUAUGUGAACGACGACCGGAUUCGGCUGCACCUACAAAACCUGCCCCUCCAGCUACAAUGGCUCCCAUGCAGUGCUCUACCGGCUGGACAAGAUUUCAUAAUUUCUGUUACAAUUUUAAUCUUCCUCUUCGAUUGGGCUGGGUAGACGCCCGUGAUCGUUGCUUGGCUUUCGGUGCUGAUUUGGUGACCGUUCACAGCAGCGAAGAAAAUCAGUUUGUUGUACAACAAGCUCAGAAAGCAAAAUGGCGACAUUCAUUAUGGACAGGAUUAAGUGAUCGCAACAUUGAAGGAGGUUACGUGUGGUCGGAUAGUUCGCCUGUGCAGUUUACAAAUUGGAAUAGAUAUCAACCAGACAACUGGAAGGGACUAGAAGAUUGUGUUGAAAUGUACAUGAGUGGAAAGUGGAAUGAUCUCACGUGUUCACAAAUACGACAUUUUGCUUGCAAGAUUCCAAUAGGAAGUGUGGUAAAGCUUCCAGCCAUGACUCUCGUUCCACCGUAUAUAUACGAUUGCGAUGACGGUUGGGUCGGUCACGGUCCAUAUUGUUAUCAAUUCAUUGGAAAAAACAAAAAUGACCGUAAAACGUGGAUGGAUGCAGUGAGUGCUUGCAAUGAUGUAGGAGCAAACCUUACGAGCAUCACUAGCCUAGACGAGGAAGAGUUCAUUGCCAAUUCAAUCAUCAACUUGAACGAUUCGUCUUAUACUUACAGAAUGUGGAUUGGCUUGAGUGAUCGUGACAAAGAGGGAAACUUUGCGUGGGUCGAUGGAUCUCCCAUGUCUUUCACAUAUUGGAAUGCAGGAGAGCCAAACAAUUGGCAAUGUUUUGAAGAUUGUGGAGAUCUCGUCAACGGUCACUACUGGAACGACAAUCAAUGUACCAAAAGCUUUGCUUACAUUUGCAAGAAGCUUCGACGAGGAGUCAGCGCUACUCCUAAGACAAUUCCACAACCGUCAAGUUAUGGUUAUUGUCCUGAUGGCUGGAGAUCAUCAGCUGGUAAUGGUUAUUGUUACUUUAUCAACAACACGGCACUAACGUGGCCCGCCGCAGAGUCUACUUGCUCUAGCAUGGGAUCUCAUCUGGCCAGCAUUCUCACUCCAAAGGAAUCGACUGACUUGUGGAGACUGGUCCGUGAUGCCCGUAUUACAGGUGGCUACGUGUGGAUCGGACUCAACGAUCGUAGGAAUGAACAUCAAUAUACAUGGACAGACGGAAAUCCAGUGCAAGUGAUUUCGUGGGCUAGAGGACAACCCGAUGAUUACGAAGGCGCAGAGAACUGCGUUUAUUUUAAUCGAGGAAAUGCUCGCUGGCAUGACAGGAAUUGUGAUGCAAAGCUUCCUUUCAUAUGCAAAACGAGGAAAGUUCCUUAUCCCAGUACGGCACCGCCUGUCAACGGUACAGCAAUUGACUGCACAGCGACGUUCGACUCGUGCCCGUCAUGUUCUAUGGUGUCUUGCCCAUCACUGCAGGGAUCAGGCUGUUCACUCGAAUCUGCUCCAAUCUGGGGAUGGCAAAUAUAUACGGGUGAUUCCAGUAUUUGUCUUGCUGCAAUUCAUUCGGGUAUCAUCGGUACAGAAGGAGGCACGGUAUCAGUACAUUCUGUUCUUGACCACGGUUCGUAUCCUUCGUUCAACGCUAACGGAAUAAUGUCAUAUAGUCACGGUCCCUCUCACGGAUCCUUCACAGUUAGAUCUCCUACUAAAGUUGGUUGUGAUCCUGGAUGGAUUGAACACAAUGCGUCUUGCUAUUUAAUUGUUGCUAAAACAUCACAGUCUGCUGUGUUGUAUUCUGAUGCUCAACAACUUUGCAAAGCCGGUGGAGGUGAUCUCGUUACAAUUGCCAAUCAUUACGAGCAAGCAUUUAUCAUGUCCCAACUGCCACCAUUUGCUGGUAUCGUCUGGAUUGGACUUUCUGUAACUGGACAGUCAAAUUACGUGUGGAGUGAUAACGAACCAUUUUCCUACAGUUUCUUGGCACCGACAACAUACAGCGAUGCCGUGAGUGGGAGUAGCGAUCAUUGUAUAGGUAUGAAUCCGAUGGGAAGCGAAAACGCCGGAAUGUGGAGAUUAAUCAGUUGUAAAUCGAGGUUCGGCUAUGUCUGCAAAAAGGCAAUGAAUGGUUCCAGUUCAGCACAUAACAGUGAUAACACACAAAAACCAAGCAGUAGCGGUCUAUCUAGCGCCGGUGUUGCGGGCCUGGUUAUUGCGCUCAUUGCAGUAGCUGUCGUGAUCGCCGUUACCGUCGUCGUCUUGAUGCGGAAAAAAAGAAAGAGAAGUUCGCCGUCGACGAGUUCCUACCGUCAACUGAAAGCUGACCCACUCGAAGAGACAGAGCCGAUAACAGAAGACACCGAUGACGACGAUGUGGAGCCUAUUGAGCUAGAAUAGUGAAUCAGCAAGGCUGACACACUCUACGGGCUGUAGUUUUGUUAAUGUCAUGUUUGCAUUAUAUUUGGAUCACAUGUGACUUUUAUGUACCAUUGCCGUGACAUUCAAACGAAUGGUGCCCCUUUUAAUGCCGUAUAUACUACUUACUAUAGUUACUACAAUAUACGAAAAGAAAUGGACGUACAAAUCCCAUCACUAGUUUGUCGCAA